AUCAAUGAAUAUGAAGUGCGAGCCAAUUCGGCCGGCCUCUUACUCUGUUGCUCCCUCUGUAAUUAUUUAUUGCCAGUACUCUGUGCGAGCCAAUUAUUUAUUGCCAGUACUCUCUGGAUACCUUUUGACUCUACGGAGAGAAGGGCGUCGACUGAUAUUGAAGUAGCCAUGGAUGUUGAAGCUAAGAGAAUGGAAGAAGGGCUACGGAAUACGGAUGAGAACCAUGAUUUGAAGGGCUCCAUUAAAGAUGAGCCCGACCAUCAGAAAGACGCAAGAGCACCUCUGGUGGAGAGUGAUGGCACCGUUCGGCAAAUACAGCAGGAGCAGCCGCUCGUGAAGCAGAAGCCAAAGAGGAUUGCAACCUUGGACGCAUUCAGAGGCCUCACCGUGGUGUUGAUGAUACUGGUGGACGAUGCUGGUGGAGCUUAUCCUCGAAUCGAUCACUCCCCGUGGAAUGGGUGUACAUUGGCUGAUUUUGUCAUGCCUUUCUUUCUUUUCAUUGUCGGGGUUGCCGUAGCCCUUGCUCUCAAGAGAGUGCCCAAGAUGAAGGAUGCGGUAAAAAAGAUAAUCCUUAGGACCUUGAAGCUUCUCUUUUGGGGUAUUCUUCUGCAAGGCGGAUACUCUCAUGCUCCUGAUGAUCUUUCCUAUGGAGUCGACAUGAAAUUCAUCCGGUGGUGUGGCAUUCUCCAGAGAAUAGCGCUUGUAUACUGUUUCGUAGCUCUGAUAGAGACAAUCACCACCAAGCUUAGACCGACCACCUUGAGCCCUGGACACCUCUCCAUUUUUACGGCCUAUCGAUGGCAAUGGAUUGGGGGCUUUGUGGCGUUCAUCAUUUACAUGGUCACGACCUUCGCGCUCUAUGUUCCGGAUUGGAGUUUCGUCGAUCAUAGUCAAGGCGAACCAAAGAAAUACACCGUGAUUUGCGGGAUGAGAGGACACGUGGGGCCUGCAUGUAACGCUGUGGGAUACGUGGAUCGACAAGUUUGGGGGGUCAAUCAUCUCUAUUCUCAGCCUGUUUGGAUUCGCUUGAAGGCUUGCACAUUGAGCUCUCCUGCUCAAGGUCCUUUUCGUCAUGAUGCUCCAGCUUGGUGUCAUGCUCCCUUUGAACCCGAAGGCUUGUUGAGUUCAAUAUCAGCUAUCCUCUCUGGCACCAUCGGCAUCCAUUAUGGGCACGUAUUGAUUCACUUUAAGCGUCAUUCAGAAAGGCUCAAGCAAUGGGUCUCCAUGGCGAUCGUGUUACUAGUGGUUGCCAUAAUUCUUCAUUUCACAGAUGCUAUCCCACUGAACAAGCAACUCUACAGCUUCAGCUACGUUUGUUUCACAGCCGGCGCAGCUGGAAUUGUGUUCUCUGGCUUUUACUUGCUGAUCGAUGUCUGGGGAUUUCGGACUCCAUUCUUGUUCUUGGAGUGGAUAGGCCUGAACGCAAUGCUGGUGUAUGUCAUGGCAGCUCAGGGCAUCUUCGCUGCAUUUGUGAACGGAUGGUAUUAUAAAGAGCCAAAACACUCGCUGGUACACUGGAUUCAAAAGCAUGUAUUCGUGGAUGUGUGGCGCUCAGAGAGAGUGGGAACCCUUUUAUAUGUCAUAUUUGCAGAGAUCACAUUCUGGGCUGUGAUUGCCGGAAUAUGCCACAGAAUUGGAAUUUAUUGGAAGCUGUAAGUCAAGAAGCUAGGAUAGAGUUGAGAAUGUCUUGAGAUUUGUUCCAGGGAAAUUCCUGCUGGCUUGUUACUGUAUUAUAUUUCCGUGUUGUGCGUGGCUAGGAGUGUAUCAAUCGAUAUAACAUGCAAGUGUUCCUUUGUUUUAUGAUAUGAAAGAAAUGAAUCUAGCUAGAUGGAUCCCCUCAAGUAUU